GUGCCAUAUGACCCAAGAUGGCGUUCCCGAAGUCUCUCUGGUAGUUGCUGUGGGCGGGUGCCGUAGGAAAGGAACUGUAAAAGCGCGCCCCCCAACCCCCUCCUCCCAAAGGGGAGCGGGGAGAGGCAGGGGCAACGGCCGGUGAGGGAGAGGCGCGUGCUGUGGAGCGGGGGGAGGGAGCGCCCCUGCAGCCAAUGAGCUGCGAGCAGAAGAGAGCCGAGCUGCCCCGGCGGCCGCCUCCUCCUUCCCCUUUGCCUUCUCCCCAUAUCCCUCCUCCCCGGACCUCGUCCAGGCGGAUGUUCGGCGCCGGCUGUUUUCAGAAAGAAAGAUGGAAAGUGGUGCAGUUCUGCUACAGUCCAAAUCAUCACCAAUUAAUCUUUUGAAUGAAAUGCAUCAGUUACGUCUUCUUGGUCACUUGUGUGAUGUGACUGUGAGUGUGGAAUAUCAAGGUGUACGAGAAGAAUUUGUGGCUCAUAAAGCUGUACUGGCAGCCACAAGCAAGUUUUUUAAGGAGAUGUUCCUUAAUGAGACAACUAUGGAUGGAACUAGGACAAAUGUAUAUUUAAAUGAAGUACAGGUUGUUGAUUUUGCUUCUUUUCUUGAGUUUGUCUAUACUGCAAAAGUCCAGGUGGAAGAAGACCGUGUGCAGAGAAUGUUGGAAAUGGCUGAAAAACUGAAGUGUUUAGACUUAUCUGAAACUUGUUUUCAGUUAAAGAAACAGAUGUUAGAAUCAGUACUUUUAGAGCUUCAGAACUUUUCAGAGUCUCAGGAGCCAGGAGAGAAUAAUAACUCUCAGACAAAUGAUGUUCUACUUGAUUCUAAGUCAAGUAUCAUGGUAGAAGUCCCUAAUGCUGAUAGCCUUUCAGAUUCUUCAGAUUACCCUGGAGAAAGAAAUAGCAAUGGUUUAAUACCGCAGACACCACUAAGAAAGUCAAAGGACAAAGUAGAUAAGAAAAAAGAAGUUAUGAAACCUCCCUAUCCUAAAAUUAGAAGAGCUAGUGGAAGGUUGGCUGGUAGGAAGGUAUUUGUUGAAAUCCCUAAGAAAAAGUACACAAGGAGACUCAGAGAACAGCAAAAGCAUGCUGCAAAUGAUAUUGGGGAGAACAAAUCUCCAGAAGACCAAAGCAUACUUGAUUUGGAGAUGGUGACAGAGCCAGUGACAAAAAAUGUGGAGCCAAAGAAUGAGGAAUGUGAUGCCAGCUUUGAGUUAGAGGAAGCUUUGAAAAAAGCUGAGGAGGAAGAUGACAAGAAAAAGAGCAACUUUAAGUGCACCACCUGUGAAAAAGAGUUUCUCUAUGAGAAGAGUUUCCUGAAACAUAUCAAACAUAAUCAUGGCAUUGCUGCUGAAAUAAUUUAUCGCUGUGAUACCUGCAGCCAAACAUUUGCAAACCGAUGUAAUUUGAAGAGCCAUCAGCGCCACGUUCAUAGCAGUGAGCGCCAUUUCCCCUGUGAACUCUGCGGAAAAAAAUUCAAAAGGAAGAAAGAUGUUAAAAGACAUAUUCUUCAGGUUCACGAAGGUGGUGGAGAGCGCCAUCAGUGCCAGCAGUGUGGCAAAGGGUUGAGCUCCAAAACAGCUCUGAGGCUUCAUGAACGAACUCAUACAGGGGACAAACCAUAUGGGUGCACAGAGUGUGAAGCUAAGUUUUCUCAGCCUUCUGCACUGAAAACACACAUGAGAAUUCAUACUGGUGAAAAACCUUUUGUCUGUGAUGAAUGUGGUGCAAGAUUCACUCAAAACCACAUGCUGAUAUAUCAUAAGAGGUGUCAUACAGGGGAAAGACCUUUUAUGUGUGAAACAUGUGGCAAAAGUUUUGCUUCUAAGGAGUAUUUGAAACAUCACAAUCGGAUUCACACGGGAUCCAAACCCUUUAAAUGUGAAGUUUGCUUCAGGACAUUUGCACAGAGGAAUUCACUUUACCAGCAUAUUAAAGUCCAUACAGGUGAACGUCCAUAUUGUUGUGAUCAAUGUGGUAAGCAGUUCACACAGCUUAAUGCCUUGCAGCGUCAUCAUCGAAUCCACACAGGAGAGAAGCCAUUCAUGUGCAAUGCAUGUGGACGGACAUUCACAGACAAGUCCACUCUACGGCGACAUACUUCAAUACAUGAUAAGAAUACACCGUGGAAAUCUUUCCUUGUUAUUGUAGAAGGUUCACCCAAGAAUGAAGACAGCCAUAAAACUGAACAAAUGGAUGAGGACUAUCCAUCACCCAAAAUAUCAGAAAAGCUGCUUUCAUUUGCAGAAAAUGGCCACUUUCAAAACUUGACUGCGGUCCAAGGAGCUCUGACUGCUUUACAUGAAAACAGUCCUGCAGAUCUAGACUGUAAAUCAGAUGAUCCUGUAGUCCCCCAGGAAGCCCUCAUAGCUACCACAUUAAGUGAUCUUACAGUACUCCAUACACAGACAGACUCAAUUCAACCAUCACUUCAUGCUUUGUCAAACAUAGAGUGAUUGCUUCAAAUUGUUUGCUGAGAAAAUCCAACAUAGGAGAGACUUUGAAUACACAUUGCCUGUGCUCAAAACCAUGCCAGUAGCAUAGACAUAGACUUUCCAGUGGGCACAAAGAAAAGAUGCGUUUUUAUGAAUAACGUCCCCAGAUUUUCCUGAAAUCCCUGGUACUUGCACAUCUUUAUCAUUUAAAAUCUCACUUUCCAGACCCUGAUCUGCAUGAUCUCAAAUAUACUUUCCUCAACAGUUCUGAUUCUGCUUUGUUUGAGUAGAUCUGCUGUAUUUGUUCUAAGGCUUGAUUAUUUUUUUUUUCAGAAAGUUCAGAUGAGCUCUUUUGAACCUAGUUUUUACCCUUUAAUUAUCACUUCAGUUUAUUAAUUUCUUGUGAGUAGGUCCCCCACAAUCUUCUCAUUGUCUAAAUCCACCUUAAUUUUCUGUGUGGAUGUAUUUAUGUGAUAAUCUUAGGGUAUCUUUCCAGUUAAAUUGUUUCCUUGGUGAAAUAAUGUUGGGACCAUAUUUUGCCAAGUGUCUUCCCUGAUAAAUCAAGCCAAGUGAUUGGAGCUUUGGGAUCAUUGCAAUGCCACCCUUUUUCAUAUUGAAAAAGUGUAUUGUUGAGCUCAUUUUUAAUAUCACUUAGGCACAAAAAAGGACCAAUUAAGAAUUUUUAAUAAUAAACCUAAUAAUAAUUUCUUCACUAGCUCUACAAAUUAGAAUGCAAACAACUUUGUCAUUUCUGAAAUUCCAAGUGUGUUACCAAAGAAUCCAGCAGUAGAGCAGUUUUUUGUCACAAGGUGCUUAAAAAUUAUGCAAGAACUUGAGAAUUUGUUAAGGGCUGAAGUAGCUUUAUUCCUCUGGCAAAAUGGUGGGAUUAUUUGGACUUCAUUGUUGUCGCUUUUGCUUAGGUAAAUUUUCCUGACUUUUGAUUUGUUGCCAUUUGUUGAUAGACGCAUAAUUAUCCAGACUUUAUUCUUAUGACAUGCACCUCAUACUACAGAAUUCCAAAUGUGCGUUUACUUGAGGUGUUCCAAAUGGCCACAACUCAGAAUUUUAGUAUUAGGUUAUAAAUAAUUAAAAGGUUUCAGCAAGUAGUUAAGACUCCUAGUAUAAUCAUUUUGUUGCACUUGCUGCUGGUGCUCUUUUAACUAACAAAGCAAAGAUGUACCUUACCAAGUUUGAGCUCUACAGUACUAAUAUGAGUGUUCCAGUUUUUGAAUUGGCUAUAUUUUGGUGAAGUACCUGGGUUCAGAUGUGGUCCUUGGUGUAAAUCUAUAUGUUCGUGUCAAGACUUUUACAGAACCACAAAAUAUUUUAGCCCAUUAUUUGUGUUUCCUUUAAGUUUUAUUUUGCUGAAUUUUCUAUGAACAAAAAUUGUGUGGGGUACUUGUAUUUUCUUUUGUUUUCAUGAAACCACUGGCAAGUGCUUUAACCAUGUAGGUUUCUCUGGAGAAAGUCUGUUUUACUCUGUUUGCAGUAAUUUGACCAUUUCCUAUAUUGGUGUCACACAUUUAAGCUAUUUUUAGUAAAAUACUCAGUGACUUAAGAAUUUUACCACCACAACUACAAUUUUAAAAAACUGCAUUCUAGAUCUGUAUUAAAAUUUUGCAGGCUGUUUUUCCGCCCUUGGAGGGAGGGGAAAACAUACAUUAACUUGCUUUUUCUUGAAAAAAAAAGUCACUCAGAAGGAAUUUGGAUACUAGAUUUUUAUUUAAUGAUAGUUUGAUAGUUUGGUGGUCUUAAAUUUUUGUAACUUUUCAAAGAACAAUAAAAUUUUACCUGUUCAGUCUUUUGAUGAAUAAAUGUUUAAGUUCA